CCCCCACUCUGCAGCAGCAAACAAAGACGAAGAUGGAAAAGUCAUUCUGCAUGUUGGCUGUAGUCAUUUUUCUGGGAGGAUUUUUAGACGCAGCCGGAGCACUGAUAGACGAUAAAACUGAGAGUUAUUCAUUAUUAAACAACACAGCUACAGCUGAGUCUGUCACUGUGGAGCCGCAGAAUCAGGGCACAGACCGACCGACACCAACAACUGCACAGACAAAAUUAUCUACCACCACUGUCACAGACAAACUGCUGGACACCAAAAGCAACAGUCAAGACAGCAAAGAAGAAAACAACAAAAAAGAAGAAACAGAUGACAGAAAGACAGAAGAAAAGAAACAAGAACUGGACUGUCCUCCCCUUGGCUUGGAGUCUCUGCGGGUCGAUGACAGCCAGAUCCAAGCUUCUUCCUACCAGCGGAUGGGUCUGGGUCCUCACAGGGGUAGGCUGAAUAUCCAGUCAGGCAUUGAGGACGGGGACCUGUACGACGGAGCCUGGUGUGCUGAGUAUAAGGACCAGCACCAGUGGCUUGAAGUGGACGCCAUCCACUUCACCCUGUUCACUGGAGUCAUCCUGCAGGGCCGAAACUCCAUCUGGAGUUGGGACUGGGUCCACACCUACAAAGUCCAGCUGAGUAACGACUCUGUGAACUGGGAAACCUGCAUGAAUGGGACAGAAGAAGCGAUCUUUGAAGGAAACCAGAAUCCAGAGACUCCUGUGCUGGGACUCCUCCCUGUUCCAACGGUCGCCCGUUUCAUCCGCAUCAACCCGCAGACCUGGUACACCAACGGCACCAUCUGCCUCAGGGCUGAGAUCCUCGGCUGUCGUGUUGAUGAUCCAUUAGACAUCUACUCCUCAGAACGAGAACCAGGAUCAAAGGACGCUCUGGACUUCAGGCACCACAACUACAAAGAGAUGAGAAAGCUCAUGAAGUCUGUGACUGAGGAGUGCCCGGACAUCACCCACGUCUACACCAUCGGAAAGAGCUACUUGGGCCUCAAACUGUACGUCAUGGAGAUCUCGGAUAACCCUGGCAAACAUGAACUAGGUGAGCCGGAGUUUCGCUAUGUAGCGGGGAUGCACGGGAACGAGGCUCUUGGCCGAGAACUCGUCCUGAACCUCAUGCAGUACUUGUGCAGAGAAUACAAGAAGGGCAACCAACGUAUCGUUCGACUGGUGACUGAGACGCGAAUCCACCUCUUUCCCUCCAUGAACCCUGAUGGAUAUGAAGCAGCUUAUGAGAAGGGCUCAGAACUGGCUGGAUGGGCUGACGGACGAUACAGCUAUGAAGGAAUCGAUCUGAAUCAUAACUUUCCAGACCUGAACAACAUCAUGUGGGAUGCCCAAGAGACAGCAGCAGAUAAAUCUAAAGUCUCCAACCACUACAUCCCCAUUCCAGAGUACUACACUAAAGAAGACGCGAUGGUUGCACCAGAGACCCGUGCCGUCAUCAGCUGGAUGCAGGACAUUCCCUUCGUGCUCAGUGCGAACCUCCACGGGGGAGAACUGGUGGUCACGUAUCCCUACGACUGCACCCGUGACUGGGCCCCUCAGGAGGACACCCCCACGGCGGACAACGCUUUCUUCCGCUGGCUGGCCACCGUCUACGCCUCGACUAACCUGGUGAUGGCUAACCCCGACCGCCGCAUCUGCCACUACGAGGACUUCCAGUCACACAACAACAUAAUCAACGGCGGAGCCUGGCACACCGUCCCCGGCAGUAUGAAUGACUUCAGUUACCUGCACACUAACUGCUUUGAGGUGACGGUGGAGUUGUCCUGUGAUAAGUUCCCUCAUGCCAGUGAGCUUCCCAUCGAGUGGGAGAACAACAAGGAGUCUCUACUGGUUUACAUGGAGCAGGUUCACAGAGGCAUCAAAGGUGUAAUCAGGGACAAACUGACCAAACAAGGAAUAGCAGAUGCUGUAAUCAAGGUGGAGGACCAUGAGCAUGACAUCCGAUCAGCUUCUGGUGGGGACUACUGGCGUCUACUGAACCCGGGCGAGUACAAGGUGGUGGUCUGGGCUGAGGGUUAUUUCCCGUCCGCCCGUCAGUGCCAUGUUGGAAUAGAGCCACAUCCUACCAUCUGUGACUUCACCCUGACCAAAACACCCAUUCAGAGGCUGAAGGAGAUCCGGGCCAAGGGAGGGAAGAUCCCGCGGGACCUUCAGCUGCGUCUUCGUGCUCUGAGGCUCCGCAAGCUUCGCGCCAGCACCAAGGCCAUAAACCGCCGCAGGGAGAGUCAGCGGGUGCAGCAGGAGCAGCUGCUGGCAAGGAGAGCUCGAUCUUCCGGAGCCCGGAGAGUAUGAGGGCAAACAGGACGGGGGGCUGAAGAAGCCUCGGAGAGGAGCUGGAUUAUAGGUUGAAAAAAUUCAGUUCAAACCUCUGGGAAUAGUUAUAACUAGGAGGACACUAUUAAAGGGUCAGUUCACCCAAUUUUUUUUACAUAGCCCUAGUGAUAUCAAGACAUGCAGACAGUUUUAUGUGGUGAGGUUUUAAAGUAUCUGUCUCUGAUAUUUCUGCUUCCAUCAAGCGAUCGAUAAUCAAUCACAGCUUUAAAAUAUUGAAUAAAAAAAUUAAACAGAGAUGUAGCCUAUUUGGGUGUACUGACCCUUUAAGGCAGAUUAAACCAUGACAGCCACAGAGUACUUAAAAAUUUGUUUUAUACAAUAACAAGAACUAAAUCAGUCCUAUAACGUUACACAAACAAGAAACUUUUUAGAGGAUAAUACAUCUACACAUUUAUGGACAGGCAUUCACAACCUUUUUAUUUGUUUUGGACAUUAAGUUUUAUUCUACAUUAUAGCUGAUGAUGCUGUAAUGUUUAUUGCUUAUCCGUCAGCUGGUCUGAUAUGUGAUAUGUUUUUCUAACGCUGUGUCUGUUUAUUUUUUGUUUGACUAAAGUCCAACAGGACCAUAAAAUCUCAAGUAAAUAUUA